GUCCCUGUUCUCACUGCUUCUUUUCUUCGCGACACUUCCGACAACUUACCGUGUUCAAGUCGACAAAGCAGUCAAGAUGCCUCGCGGACCUAAGAAGCACCAAAAGCGCCUCAGUGCGCCCUCGCACUGGCUCCUGGACAAAAUGUCCGGAACCUAUGCUCCCAAGGCCUCCCCCGGUCCUCACAAGCUCCGUGACUGCCUGCCCCUAAUCGUCUUCAUCCGCAACCGUCUUAAGUACGCUCUUAACGGCCGCGAGACCAAGGCGAUCAUGAUGCAGCGUCUCAUCCAGGUCGACGGCAAGGUCCGCACUGACCCGACCUACCCUGCCGGUUUCAUGGAUGUCAUCACCAUCGAGAAGACUGGCGAGAACUUCCGUCUCAUCUACGACACCAAGGGCCGCUUCACCGUCCACCGCAUUCAGGCUGAGGAGGCCGAGUACAAGCUCUGCAAGGUCAAGAAGGUGCAGCUCGGCAAGGGCGGGAUCCCAUUCUUGGUUACGCACGAUGCGCGAACUAUCCGCUACCCCGACCCUGCUAUCAAGGUCAACGACACCGUGAAGGUUGACAUUGCUACUGGCAAGAUCACCGACUUCUGCCGCUUCGAUACCGGCGUUGUCUGCAUGGUUACUGGUGGUCGUAACAUGGGUCGUGUUGGUGUUGUCACCCACCGUGAGCGUCACGAUGGUGGUUUCAACAUCGUCCACGUUAAGGAUGCCAUUGACAACACAUUCGCCACCCGUGAGAGCAACGUCUUCGUCAUUGGCCAGGACAAGCCCUGGAUCUCUCUUCCCAAGGGCAAGGGUGUCAAGCUCUCCAUUGCUGAAGAGCGUGACCGCCGCCGCGCCUACGCCCUUGCCCAGUAAAUGUGGUCCGGUAAGUAAUCGAGGCUACGGGCAAGUAAAAGGCUUUUACAAUGUAAGAACAAGCCAACCCGCCGAGGGAGACAUACUCUUGUCUUGCUUUGUGGACUGUAUGACGCGUGCUACUAUGAAUGAACAAAAGUUGUCCAAA